AUGUCUGGUUGCGAGACGUCCGGGAGUCAACUUCCAGAGUUAGUUGUAGGUAUCGCUCUUUUAUUCUUAGACACCGUCAUAUCUCAUGUUCAUUUAGUUUUUGGUAUCACUUGUCUCUUCUUCGGUACCGCUCAUGGUUCAGAACGGUCCCAGAUGGUUGACCCGCAAGAACCACUACACCUGUUGUCUGAAAACACCUCCUGCCAUGGCCGUCCGCUCACAGUCCUUUGUUUUCUUCUUCUUCUUCUCUUCUGCCCGGUCCUCCUCUGCCACUCCACUCUGCCACCCUCCUUUCUUUGCACACUCUCUCGCCUUUCCCCCUUCUCUGCGUCCUCUUCCCCUCUUCUAUCGAUCACAAUUCGAUUCGAUUGCCUUUUUCUCUUGCGUCAUCGUCAUUGUUUCUUUUCCAGACCACUUUCGAAUCAAAAAACUGUGAGAAGAGCUCUAAAAAUGUAAGUUUUCACAGGUUUUCUUUGACGUUUCAGUUCAGAAUCAACAAUUUCCGUUCUUUCAGGGACCUGACCCAAUUGACAGUGGAAACAACCGAAUGGGCGGUCCCCAGCGGUCGGCCGAACAAUUUGAAGGCGGAAAUCGGGCACGAGGAGGAUGUGUUCGACGAGGAAGACGAGGACGACGAGAAAGACGAUCAGAAGAAGGGACUCGGAUACAGUGAGUGCUUUCGGAUCGUCUCUGUGAACCUGGGGAGAGUUAGAUUGUGAAAAGAGGAAAAGAGGAAAGUGAAGAGGACACUGUGAAACUGGAAAAUGGACCGAUUAGUUGGAGACUUACUACUCGGCAAUUAUCCUGAAAAAUUUCGCGAAAAAGCUAACGAGACCACGAGAACCACACGGAAGGUGGAGUUUUCUAGUCCCCCGGCCGCCAAAUUUGAAAAAAAAAAAAUCCUCGAGGCCAAGGACGUAAAGUUAUAAGGAGCUCAAGUUCGUUUUGGUCCUAGACUAUGGUCCGAGCAGACAGAAUACUUUAAAUGUUUCUUGCAGAACUGUUUGCGGACGCCCUGAACAAGAUGCACGACGACGACGAAGAAGAAGAAGAAGAAGAUGAGGAAGAGGAUCGUCCGGCCGUGGAGCUCGUCGACAAGGACGCGCAGGAGCGCGCAAAGCUCGGCGGCGUCGGCGAGAUGAUCCAGCAGCUCCGUUCGCAGCGCCCGGCACUCCCACCGCCACCGUUCCGCCACAGAAUUGUGCUCGACGAGCUCGGAUACGUGGAGCGCGACCCCGCAAAGUACCCGUUGUGCCGGAUCGCGGAAGUUCAGCAGACGCUCACACUGGCCGAUCACCAGGACGGAAUCGAUUUGCCGGUGCAGAACAACCCGACGGACGUGCGCAUCGUGCGACGGAUGAUCCGACAGAAGAUGGUGCGGUGCAAGAAGUGCAAGAAUCGAUUCAUCGAGAAGAACAUCUACGAGAGACACUUGAGGGACAAGCAUCCGGCACUCUACGAGGAGUACAUUCGGGAGCAGGAGGAGGAGGUCGAGCUGCAGCGAUUGGAGGAGAUCGAGGCGAAUCGUAUCGAGGAGUUGCAGACCGGAGGCUUCAUUCCCCCGGAGAACGAGAUCUCGCAGCCCUCCGAGGACCCCGAUCAGUUAGUUUCUGCUCUUUUAAAACCUGAAACAGUGUUCCGUGUUGCAGCAUUCCGCUUCCGGGCGAGAACACGGGCGGCUACGUGCCGCAAUUCGACCACUACGGCCGCAUCAAACAAAUGAAGCGUCCGUACAAGAAGAAGAUCAGUCCGCAGUGUCCGUUCUGCGACAAACGCUUCCGCAACGAGUUCUCGCUCAAGAAGCAUUUCGCGAAGAAGCACGAGGAGAUGAUCGAAUUCAAACAGUGCCUCAAGUGCUUCAAGUGUCUCGAAAACGACGCCGAACUCGCCAACCACGACUGCGAACUGGUAGGCGAACUUUCCGUUUCCGAAUUCCCAUUUCAACAGUUUGUCUCCCAUUUUCAACGUUUUCGCAUCCUUUUUGGCCUCGAAUUUCAGUCAUUUUCGCUUUUUUGAUGCCAAAAUGAAACUGAAAUCCGAAUCGAGUGGGGUAAAUGCAAGAAAAUAGAAUAAUGGCGAAACAAGUGAAAAAGUUGAACGGAACUUCUCAAAAUAUCACACUUUCUGUGCGCUCUUUUCGAAAUAGUUUAAGCGUAAAAGAGAAGAAAGUAUCAAUUGUGUGUUUGCAGACGUUCGUGUGCUUCGAGUGCACUCCGAUCCGCAAUCUGUGCACGGACCAGCGCCUGCUCAACCAUCGCAAAAAGUUCCAUCGUGGCGCCAACUCGGGCUUCCGCUGCUCGUUCUGCAACAUGAAGUUCCUGACACCGCGCAAACUGCGCAAGCACAAAAAGAUGUCGCACGUCUUCACAAAGACCUUUCAGUGCCAUUUCUGCGAGGAGAUCUUCAUCAGCGAAGUGGCGGUAUGGAUGGCGUCUUCCGUUUAAUUCGGAAUUCAAUUCGUUGCAGGUGAUGACGCAUGAGCGAGUCCAUACGGGAAUCAUCAAGUUCGAGUGCAAAGUGUGCGAUUUUCGAGCCAAUCGAUACGUUACUAUGGAGGUGAGCAUGACCUGUUUCUCGCACAACUGUUAGAACGGUUCACGGUCUCCAGAGCUGAAUGGCGUUUUCAUGAAUUGAGCAGGUUUUCUCUGAUUUUUGUAGUCAACGGCGAUGAAAAAUGAUUGUUCGACAUGAAAAUACACUAAUUCUCAGAAUUAAUGACGUUUUGGCGCAUUUUUCACGGACUUUGCUUUUUCGCCUUCGCCGCCAAAAACCGCACUUCUCAUUUUGCGCUUUCUUGACCGUUUUCAGACAGAAUUGGUUUUGAGAAUGAUAACACACGUAAAUACAAGCAUUUUGAGCGCUCAAACCGCGAAAACUACCGAAAAGCAACUGAAAUUCACGCAGUUUUAGCCAAAAACCUUCAAACGGAUAAAUGUGAUUUGCGACUUGACCAAAUUUGACGCUCUUGCGCUUAAGAAAUUCGUAAUAGCCUAUACAAUCGGUCUAUCGAGAGACAAAUGAGAAAUUAUCGGUUUUUCGUGGCUAAUCUGGCAAAAAACACAAAUUUUGCUGUUAAAAUUUGAAUUUCGCGCCAAUGUAUCGCUCUAUUGGGCGGGGCGCACUUGCGCGCCCAUUUUAAGCUCUGGAGCGCGUGGCGGUUCUCUCUCUUGUCCGACCCAGCAAUUCUGGUUUUCUGUUGCAACUUUUAAGAGAUUUUCGAAACUGAGGUACCAUGUUUCGCACGUUUCAGGAGCACAAAAAGGACGAGCACGGCUACAUUUGUGCCAUCUGCCACGGAAAGUUUGCCGAGUACGGUGAGCUGAAGCACCACGUGUACGAGGAGCACGGCGGAUAUUUGGCCGUCGACGAGCCGACCGCCUACGUCGAGACUCCGCGCACUUUUCUGCUCUACAAGGGAGAAUGA